GAUUCAUGGUUACUAUCGCGAAUUAUCAGAAAAAUUUUUUUGUAUUUACCUUUAUUCGAUUGGGUCAACUGGCACAGUGUAGACGCGGGGGCCAGAGUUGUUUUCUUCAGUUUUUUUCUUUCGCAUAAUCUGCACAUCAUCAGGCACCAUGUCCAUGCGACAAGGGGAAAGUGAGGCGGAUGUAGUCCCAAAGUCUAAGCGACCUUCAGACUCGGCCUUCAAGCAACAACGGCUGCCCGCCUGGCAACCCGUCCUCACCGCGCGCACGGUAUUGCCGACAUUCUUUGUGAUUGGAGUGCUGUUCGUACCGAUUGGCGUGGUGCUGCUGCACCUCUCCAAUACCGCCAACGAGCUGAUCAUUGACUACACCCGCUGCACCUCAUCGGGUGGCAUUACCUGUGCGGACUACCUGCAGGAGAACCCGGGAAAGCAGUGCAACUGCGCCAUCAAUUUCACUCUGACCUCCGACUUUAACGGCGACGUAUACAUGUAUUAUGGCCUGACAAACUACUAUCAAAACCAUCGGCGCUAUGUGAAGUCGCGCGAUGACCUGCAGCUGCUCGGACAACUGUCUCAGACGCCCAGCACGGAUUGUGCCCCCUUUGCUUAUCACCCCGUGACUAUGGAACCCAUCGCGCCAUGUGGCGCUAUAGCCAACUCUUUGUUCAAUGACACGCUCAAACUGGCGCAGGGCGGUGUGGAUAUCAAGCUUUUGAACACGGGCAUUGCAUGGCCUUCCGAUAAGCGGGUCAAGUUCCGGAAUCCCGAAGGCAACCUCACAUUGGCCCUCAAGGGCUUCGCCAAGCCAAUCUUCUGGCAGCAUGAACUUUACGAUCUGGACAAGGAGAAUGCGGAGAAUAAUGGUUUCCAGAAUGAGGAUCUGAUUGUGUGGAUGCGCACAGCGGCCUUGCCCAGCUUCCGCAAGCUCUAUCGUCGCCUCGACCAGACGAACAACAAUUAUGCCAAAGGCCUAAAGGCCGGGGAGUAUACCCUCAACGUUGAAUACCGAUAUCCGGUAGUCUCAUUUGAUGGCACCAAGCGCAUGAUUAUAUCCACCACAUCUGUGCUGGGUGGCAAGAAUCCAUUCCUAGGCAUUGCCUACAUCGUUGUUGGCGCCAUUUGCAUAACCCUGGGCCUGGGCCUACUCCUGAUCCAUAUGCGCUGCAGUCGCAGCAGCAACAUGGAGAUGAUCAACGUGAAUCCACAUACGCAGUACUCCUAGAUGCAUCGAUGACAUCAUUUCCGGCUGCCUCACUUAGCUUUAGACCAAUCUGCUUAAGCCUUAUAAGCAUAAAGUCAUUUCUAUUUAUCAAUUUAUAUUUGUGUACUCUGCGACUCUUGUUCUUUUUUUUUUCUUCUAUUUUUCUGUUUUACUCGGCUAUCCACUGAACAACCCUUUCUGUUUGUGUGCGCAUGAAGCCACCAUCCAAAGAAUUGGCUCUGGCCAUUUGUUAAUUGUAUUUAUUAUCUGUAUGAGCUUUUGUGAUGUUUGUUAAUGUCUUCUACCGAACGAAUUCAUAUACUUUUCUAUAUCCCCCCCACCCCCAAUCGCAUUGGAAAGUUACUGCCAAGUAUUAUCUUAGUCGCUUGUGCUCUGAUCUGAUCUGUAAUAAAAAAAAAAAAAGAAAAAGGAAACCCAUCAUGAAAAUCGCACAGCAUACGUUAUGAAUGAAUGGGGCCAUGCAUGCUCGGACGACAUUCCUUCACCCGAGCGGAAGAGUCAAAUCGAAUCGAGUGGUUGCGUUAUCCGUAUUCAGAUAAGCUAGGGGCCUUAUCAAAUGAGUCCAAAAUUAUACACCUAUGAUUACCAUCCCGAAAACCCAAUUCAGCAAAAAACUACAGAUUGUAUAUUGAUUUUUAUGUGUAUUUUAUAUAUAUAUUUCUUUUUUAAUUUACUUCUUUUCGGUUCCUUAACGUUCCAGAGGGACAAAACGACAGUUUUUCAACUUUUUUGCAUUUUUGUUUUAAUUGAUUUGUAUUUUUUUUUUGUACGUGAAUAAGUAUCAUAUUUAGGUCAAUUUCUUACAAACUAAUUUUACAUAUAAUGUCUCUGUGUAUGUGAUUCGUAUAUAUGUUUGUAUGAAUUUUGUCGAAAUUUUUCUUAAGGGCUUGGGGCAGCGGGCGCUGUAUGCGGUAUGUGGUAUGUGGUAUUUGGUGCGAGGGAAUGCAAAUUGUAUGGUAAGUAUGCUUCUUAAUCGUGUACAAUAUUUAUUAUUAAACGGCUAACGAUACUUGAAAUGCACCAGAGAUGCACGAUCCUAUACUAUAUCCGCAAGUCUGUCUGCAUUUCAAGUUAUUCUAUGUCCCACAAGUAUUUGGGUGUGUGUCUGUAUUCGAUAUAUAUAUAUAUAUAUAAUAUGUAUGUGUGCAAACAAGUAUAAAUUAAAUGUUAAGAAUCUUCAGAGCUCCACAGCGAGGAUCAAUGGAAGGUAAAAACUUGAUUUCUGUGCCAAAACUCUAGUCAUUUGUUCUGUAGGUUAGAUUACAUAUGCAUUAUUUUUGUCUUGUCUAUUGUCUAUUCUAUGCUGCCCACUGUUUUUGUGUGCGACGAAAUUAGCAGCAGCCAUUUUAUCGCCUGCCUUAAGAGCUGCAUAAC